AUGCAAGAUAAUAAUGUAUCAAAUGAAACACAACUUGUUACAAGUACAGAUGUAAACAAUAACAAUACAACAAGUAACACUAAAAAGAUAUAUACAUCGGGUAGACCACCUUGGUACGAUCAACAAGGUAAAUUAAAGAACCCACUUGUUAUUGGUGUAUGUGGUGGUAGUGCUUCUGGAAAGACUUCAGUUUGUCAUGAAGUUAUUAAAGCUCUCAAUGUUAGAUGGGUAGUUUUACUUUCAAUGGAUUCAUUUUAUAAACCAAUUACAAAGGAUCAAGAUCCAGCCAAUUAUAAUUUCGAUCAUCCAAAUGCAUUUGAUUAUGAUUUGAUGAUCAAGACUAUUGGUGAUUUGCGUCAAGGUAAACGUACUCAAAUCCCAAUCUAUGACUUUAAGACUCAUAGUCGUCUUGCUCGUCAAAACACUGUCUAUGGUGCCGAUGUCAUCAUUCUCGAAGGUAUCUUGACUCUCUAUUCAAAGGAAUUAUGUGAAUUGAUGGAUAUUAAGAUUUUCAUUGAUACUGAUGAUGAUGUUAGAUUAUGUAGAAGAUUGAAAAGAGAUAUUGCUGAAAGAGGUAGAACUUUAACAAGUGUUAUUGAACAAUAUAAUAGAUUUGUUAAACCAUCAUUUGAUGAUUAUAUUUUACCAACAAAGAAAUAUGCAGAUAUAAUUGUACCAAGAGGAUCAGAUAAUAUUGUAGCAAUUGAAUUAUUGACAGAACAUAUUAAAGGAAUAUUAAAGGAACGUGGAUAUGUUGCAGAAAGAUCCAUGCCAAUUGGAGGGAUCACUGCCGAAAGUUUGCCAGCCAAUAUUCACAUUAUGCAGGAUACUAACCAAAUCAAGGCAAUGCAUACUAUCCUUCGUAACAAGGCCACCAAUGUUGGUGAUUUUGUUUUCUAUUCUGAUCGUUUAGUUAUGCUCAUCAUUGAAGAGGCUCUUACCCUCUUGCCAUUCAAGGAAAAGGUUAUCACUACACCAGUCAACCAAGUCUACAAGGGUGAACAAAUGGAUUGCAAGGUGGCUGCAGUCUCUAUCUUGCGUGCUGGUAGUUGUAUGGAACAUCCACUUCGAUCCAUUUGCAAAGGUAUUAAAACUGGUAAAAUUUUAAUUCAAUCUGAUGAGAAUAAACAACCUCAUUUAUUUUAUGAAAGAUUACCAGAUUUAAGUGAUUCACAUGUAUUGGUACUUGAUCCAACAAUUGCAACUGGUGCAUCAUCACAAAUGGCUAUUCGUGUAUUACUUGAUCACGGUAUCCCAGAGGAUCGUAUUAUUUUCGUGUCGGUCAUUGCUUCGUUAAAGGGUGUAAUGUGGUUGAAUUAUUGCUUCCCUGAUAUUAAAAUCGUUGCUAGUGCACUCGACAAUGAAUUGUCUGAAAAUGGUUACAUCCUUCCCGGUAUUGGUAAUUAUUCUGAUAGAUAUUUUGGUACUGGUGUCAAACAAUUAUAA